AUGGCCGCACUGCUGUUGACGCUUGGGAUUCCACAUUCGAAAGGGAUUCGGUGUUGCGAGGAGGAAGUGAGGAUGAACAAGUUGAAAGCGAAGAUGGUGCUGAAGAAGCAGUCGAUCAGUCAGGAUUUCGCCGAUGGGUUUAUGGCGUCGGCUGAUAUAAGGGAUAGAAAAGGGAACCUAUCCUCGCCGAUUUUAGAUAAAUGA